AUGGAUUAUGGAUCAGCAAGGAACUCACCAUUCCGAAACCUGCUGAAAAUAUUUUGCCUUCUCCCAACAGUGGCUUACGCUCAGCUCCUCCACCCGGGCGAUGCGAAGUACGAGGAGCAGGCCGUGCGGGGGGUGCGGCACCGGUCCGUGCAGCUGGCGUGCGGCGACGUGGUCGCGCCCAUGGUGGUUUUCUGGAGCUUCACCAAGCUGGGCUCGCUGGUGCCCAGGGCCGUUGCCAUCAGCAACGGGAUAGAGUCCAAGGUGGAGAAGGCUUCUGCGGCCCUGGGGCAGGUGAGCCUGAGGAACGGCACCCUGGAAGUGAGCGACCUGCAGACGGCUGCCCAAGGGCGCUUCAUGUGCCAGGCGAUGUUCGAGGAGGACGGCGAGAUCAAAGUUGGCUACUUCUACAUAGAGCUGGUCGUGCUGGUUCCCGUUCCGAAGCCCUUCCUGCAGAUGACCGACUCUACGCCGGUGGAAGGCACGGUGGUGACGAUGAUGUGUGCGGUGAAGGAGGGGACGCCCCCCAUCGAGUACUCCUGGCACCGCCACACCAACAGGGAGGGUGCGGUGGCUGUCGCGGAAGCCGCCGGCGGGCUGCUGAACCUGACGGCGGCUAACCGGACUCACAUGGGCUGGUACGCCUGCACUGCCCACAACGAGGUCAACAGCCAGACCAGCGACAGGAUGUAUCUCGACGUCAUUUAUGGCCCUGAUGAACCCGUGAUCAACGUUGAGCCGUUUGCUAUUAACCAGAACGGCUUCUCAGCUAACGAGCAGGAGGAGGUGAUCCUGACCUGCCUGGCCCCUUCCAACCCGCCCAGCCACUACAUCUGGUUUUACAACAGCUCCCAGAUCUACUCCGGCCAGAAGUAUGUGAUAGCCAAGAUCUCCCGGACUCAGACGGGCACCUACACCUGCCUGGCCCAAAACGCACUCCUCAAUACGCGCACGCAGACCACCAUCAUCCUCACCGUCUACUAUCUGCCCGAGGGGAAGCCCAGCUGCACACCAGUCCCUGCUGCCAAUUUCCGGGACAUUGCUCUGCAGUGUUCGUGGCCUGGCGGGUUCCCCCCAGCGCGGCUGCGGUGGGUGAGAGCUGGCCGGGAAGCAGACGCUGCGGCGUCCUACUCCAAUGCUACCAGAAUCCAGCGAGGGGUGGACGUCCGGAACGGCAGCUCGUACACCUGCCUGGCCUCCCACCCAGCGCUCAGAGAGGAUGCUGUCUGCACCACCACUGUGUGGGUCCCCGUGGGGAACCCCACCUGUUCUGCCAUGGCUACGAAGCAGAACGAGUUCCUCAUGCUGUCCUGCGACUGGGCGGGAGGCCUGCCCCGUGUCACACUCUGGUGGAGAGACUGGCGGAACCGCGUGCUGGGCGGCUUGAAACCAUCCAGCAACAUCUACGUCAUGCAGUCCAACAGCACCCUCGGGGGCAAGGAGUUCACGUGCAUGGCAGCCCACCCUCUGCAGGCCAGAGCCACGGAGUGCCUUGUCCGGCUGGAUGUUCCCAAGCUGGCGGCCGAGCGCACCGAGGUGUCGCUGUUCGAGGGCGGCGAGGUCCAGCUGGCCUGCGUGCUGCAGGGCCCCCACCUGGGCUCCGAAGUGUUCUGGUUCAACAACAAGCACCAGGUGAUCCGGCCGGACGCUGCGAGGUACAGGCUGCAGCAGGGCGACGCCUGGUUCAACCUGACCAUCCGGGACACCGAGUGGAUGAGGGACAGCGGCACCUACCACUGCGCGGCCGUGAACGCCGUGGGAAACGCCACCGUCCCCAUCAGGCUCCGCGUGAAGAAGUACCCGACGCCCCCCAACGUGACGAUCAGCAAGCUGAUGUACACCCGGCAGCGCACCGAGGUGCAGCUGGAGUGGGUGACGCAGGGCUCGGGGAACCUGACCGGCUUCGUCGUCCAAAGGCAAGAAGCAAAGAAAUCCUCCCUGGGCCCGUCCCGGUCGGCAGCCCGGGCCUGGGAGACGGUGGCCAGUGACAUAGAACCUGACAUCCGGGACCACAGGGUGGGCGGCCUGGACCCGGCGGUGGUGUACGCCUUCCGCAUCCUGGCUGUCAACCACCGCACCACCGGGCACCCGUCCGAGGGGAAGACCCCAGCCGACCCCCCUUUCAACGCCUACCCUGCCGUGAUAGGUGCUGCAGUGGCAGGGAUGGUCGUGGCGGCGGUUGCCUCUCUGCUGGCGUUUCAGUACAUUGUCCGGAACCGGGACAACAACCCACGGCUGCACGACCUGCUCUUCGGCAUGGCUGGCCCUGAGGCUCACGAGCACAUCAGCACUCCAGAAGACGCUGAGACGGCCGCUGGUGUGGCAGAGGCUGAGACGGGCAUGGAGCUUGGGGGCACAUCCCCUCCGGUCGGGGAGGCAUCAGCAGAGUGGCACCCAGAGCCAUCUGCAUCCACCCAGGAGGUUCCCCCAGCUCCAGAUCUCGCCGCUGACGACCCUCCGGUCAAUGUCACAAUCACAGUGACUGCGACACCGUGA